UUUCCUUUCUUUUCUUGUCACCAGACGUGUACAGACUCCUUUCCUGCGCAUGCCAUUGCUACCCACGUCUUUCCCCCAUUAGCUCAAUUGUGGUUCCAGACCCGCGCUGACCAAAAACUCUCUUUUCGCCCAAGAAUACGCGGCAGUGGGGCACCCAGCUUCAAGUUACAGCGCGUUAGCUAGCCGUCCGACCAAUGGACAGGGAAACGACACGCUGGACCGAGCCGUUCCAGAUGUCGAGCAUGGCAGCCCGUAGACGCAUCGUAGAGAGCCUCAGAUAAAGAGGGCGUUUUUAUAGAAUAAUAUCGUCUUCCUAGUAGAAUGCCAACCCAAACUAUACAGCCCGCCGCCCAUAUGCUUUUGCUCAGCCCGUCUUGGCCACUGUCAAAUUACCUAAGCAGGGUACGCCAAAGUCAACUACGUCGUCGAGCUUCCCCCAUCAGAGACACCAGAGCACUACACCGGUUCAUAGCUCAUGGGGGUCUGCUGCGUCUAGUAAAUUUGUGCCCCUACCGACACCAUCGUCACUAUCCAGUCCCUCCAGAGCAGCCUCGUGCUCUCUAGGUAGACACCAUGGACGGCGAUCUCAGUCUUUCCCAAGCUCUGGGUGGGCUCCGCAUAGCCAACCCUGACGACGUCCUUGAACCUUCCUCCUCGGGCGAUCUACAAACACACCAAACCAACGACUCUGGCCCCAUCGAGACCUUUGCGUCUCCUUCAUUGACCGCGUCCAUAGAGGGCCUCUCGUCCAGCCUUAAUCAGACAAACAGCCAAACAUCAGCUGACUACAACACUCACGCUUCACCGAUAUCCAUCCCCGCCGCCUCCCCGAGCAUCUCUACCACCAUCGAGGGUGUCCCAGUCGUCUCUCCGGCCAGCUCCCAUCAGCUGCAGAUGGACAGCAGGGUCAUGUAUACCCAGAACCAUACCCCUCCUGUCUACAACCAUGCCGAGUCUUCUGGCAUGAGCAGCAGCCAUCAUGGACGAAUGCCCGAAUACGCCGGCGCUAGCCCUCCUUCAAUGUCCCACCACCCCAGUGCCGAAGAAUGGAAGGAUCGUGGAGCUGCCGUACACAUCCGUCGUGAGAUCGAUGCCAACGGCCGUACAGUCGUACGCCAGGUCAAAAAGGGCGUCCGUGACUUCUCCUUUGGCCGCAUUCUCGGCGAGGGGUCCUACAGCACUGUUUACUUUGCCACCGAUCGACAAACGCUAAAGGAAUACGCCAUCAAAGUCUUGGAGAAGCGACACAUUAUCAAAGAAAAGAAGAUUAAAUACGUCAACAUCGAAAAGAACACACUCAACAGACUCACUGAGCAUCCGGGCAUCGUUCGACUUUACUAUACAUUCCAAGAUGAGGCCUCUCUGUACUAUGUUCUCGAUCUCUGCAACAAUGGCGAGCUAUUGGGAGUUUUGAAAAAGACAGGAACCUUCGACGUCGAAUGUGCAAGGUUUUACGGUGCACAGAUCUUAGACUCCAUCGAGUACAUGCACUCACGGGGCGUUAUCCAUCGCGAUUUAAAACCAGAAAACGUUCUUCUAGACGACCGCAUGCAUAUUAAAAUUACAGAUUUCGGCACCGCCAAGUUGCUUGACGACCCGAGAAAUCCGAACGAUAAUAAAGCUACAGCUCCAGAAGCUGGAAAUGGUGGUGACGAUGACCGUGCUGCGUCAUUCGUCGGCACUGCCGAGUACGUGAGCCCUGAGCUUCUCACACAUAAGAGUGCAUCACGAGCGAGCGAUAUAUGGGCCUUUGGCUGUAUUAUAUACCAACUCAUCGCCGGACGCCCACCCUUCAAGGCUGGCAGCGAAUACCUUACAUUCCAAAAGAUUGUGAAUUUGGAAUACGAGUUUCCCGUAGGGUUCCCGCCAGCCGCACGCGACUUGGUUGAGCGCUGCCUCGUCCUCGACCCCGUUAGACGUCUCACCAUUGAUCAUAUCAAGCAUCACGAAUUCUUUGCUGGCCAAGCCAUUAACCGCGGACUGUGGCGGAUGAAAGGUCCCCGCCUUCGACCGUAUGUCGCUCCUCCUCAGGAACCUAAUAUUAUUCAACUCAACGGCUUCCCAACCUCCAACGCGCCAACAGCGGCAAUCCCCCAGCGUCCAUCUCCGGCCCCUUUGAACGGGACACCGCGGCCUUCUCGUAUCAUCACGGAGCUCCCUCCUCCCACCCAGCUCGACCUCGAGUGGUCUCCAGUGCUUACUAGAAACAACGAACGUAUACUGAAGCUAGGCGAUCUUAUGGUUAUUUCUAGCCCGUUGCCUAACUCUCAAGGUGGUAAGGGUUCCGAGGAUGGCCACAAAAAGCUAUCCCGUUUCUUUGGUGGCAACACAACCAAAAAGCGUCAGCGCCUGGUAAUGGUCACAUCGAGUGGUCGAAUUUUACUAGUGCCAUCAGGGGGCGAUGAAAAGCGAGCCAAGCAAGAGUUGUCGUUAUUGGGUCCAGAUAGCGCAUGGAGAAGUCAAACAGAUGCCAAGGGCCAACUAACUUGGUGCGUUGAUGUUGGCGGGUAUCACUACGCGUUUGAAGAUGUCAAGGGUGUUACACCUGAGAGCGGCGCCGCUUCUGCCGAUGAAUGGGUCGAGUCUCUUGACCGUGCCAAGGACAUUGCCAUGUCAAGAGAGAUUUUGCUUGGUGGAUCAGAAAAGGAGUUCUCGGAUCUUUCAUCACCAGUACCAAGCCCGUCUAACUCCAUGGCUGGCAGGUCAACUGGAAGAGUGAACUCGGGUGAUCGUCAACCACGCAAUCACCUCACCAAAAAGGACGGCGACGAGGGUUCCAGUCGUAAGAACAUCUUCAGCAAGCGCCAGUCCCGGAACGGCCUGGGUUCUGCAUUUUAGGGAACCACUGAAUCCAGGUGUCCUUGCUAGCGCAACCAUGUCAAAGGCAGCGCCAAUUACGGUUCUUGUGACGCUCAAGCGCUGAGCAUCAUCAGUCUGUCCUGGGGCACCUCUGACAAGAAGUCUUUGGUCAAUCGCACCACAUUGUACAUAAAUUCAUUAGCUUCAAAUUUUAAAUGCAUCUUUCCAUUG